AUGGCUGUUGCAUCAGUCACUAGCAUUCCCCUCCCGGCCCUUCCUGCGGAUUGGGCCGCGGGAAAGGAUUUCAAACCUGUUGGCCAUAUCUCCGCCUCGACUUUGCGCACGAUUGAACCAGUCGGACCUCACUUCCUUGCCCAUGCCCGCCGUGCUCGUCAUAAGCGCACCUUUUCCGAGGACGACCGUAUCCAAGCCCAGGAGAAGGCCAAGAAGGUUGAAGACGAAGAGUACAGUGAAAUCAGCGAGGACGAGGAUCCUCUCAUGCUUCAGCGUGACGCCAAGGACUGGAAGAGCCAAGAUCACUAUGCUGUCCUCGGCCUCACAAAGUUCCGGUAUAAGGCGACCGAAGACCAGAUCAAGCGGGCCCAUCGCAAGAAGGUCUUGCGCCACCAUCCCGACAAGAAGGCCGCCGCUGGCCGCACCGACGAUGACAAUUUCUUCAAAUGCAUUCAAAAGGCCACCGAGAUCCUUCUUGACCCCGUGAAGCGCCGUCAGUAUGACUCAGUUGACGAGGCGGCAGACGUCGAUGCCCCGUCCAAGAAGCAGCUUGCCAAGGGCAACUUUUAUAAGCUCUGGGGAAAUGUCUUCAAGUCGGAGGCUCGAUUCUCCAAAACCCACCCUGUCCCAACUUUCGGUGAUGAGAAAUCGACGAAGGACGAGGUUGAGAACUUCUAUAAUUUCUGGUACAACUUCGACAGCUGGAGGUCUUUCGAGUAUCUCGACGAGGAUGUUCCCGACGACAACGAGAACCGUGACCAGAAGCGCCACAUGGAACGUAAGAAUGCGAAUGCACGCAAGAAGAAGAAGGCUGAGGACAAUGCCCGUUUGCGAAAGCUUCUAGACGAUUGUUCAGCCGCGGAUGAGCGGAUCAAGCGUUUCCGCAAGGAAGCAAACGCCGCGAAGAACAAGAAGAGGCUGGAAAAAGAAGAGGCCGAGCGUCGCGCGAAGGAGGAGGCUAGGUUGAAGAAGGAGGAGGAGGAGAGGGCUGCCAAGGCUGCCGAGGAAACAGCGAAGGCCGACCGCGAGGCGGCGAAGAAGGCAAAGGAAGCUGCCAAGAAUGCCGCCAAGAAGAACAAGCGAGUUCUUAAGGGCUCCGUCAAAGAUGCCAACUACUUUGUCAGUGGCGAGCCGAGCGCAUCCACAAUCGAUAGUGUCCUUGCGGAUGUUGAGCUCGUUCAGUCGAAGCUUGACAACGAAGGCAUAGCUGCCUUGGCCGGCAAGCUGAAUGGCCUUAAGCUCGCGGAUGAGAUUAAGACCGUCUGGCAGGAUGAAAUAGGAAGGUUACAGGGCGAUGGGAAGUUGGUGGCUGCGGAUAUCAAGGCCCUUGGCUCUUGA